AUGUUGAGCACAAAUCCUUUGCCUGUCUCCAACGCAACUUGUGGCCGGAAAGGCAAAGCUUGUGCCUCCACUCCGUCUAAGCUGCCCACAACUUCUGCACCAAGCCCAAAGAAGCAGGGUGGACGUAAGGUGGGCGCCCGUGCCUGGACAAUCAAGGACUACCUGCUGGUCUUCCGUAUCAUCUCCGUGGUACGCCCGGCCAGUAGCGACCAGUGGGAGAUAGUUUGCAAGAAUUGUUGGGUUAAGGUCUUGAAGCUCCCCAAGCCAACCGGGCAAAGCAAGAUGCAUCCCUUGCAUUGUCUUGCGUUAGCAGUCAACAAAAGCAUCAGUAAAUCGCACGCAAUUGGCUUACUGGACGACUCAAGUGCUCAAGAUGAAUACAAGGAGACGGAAAUCAAGUUCAAGCGCGCUGAGACCCAGAUGAAGCGCCUCAGGCUUGAUUUCAAGCACGCUCCCAACUUUGAAGUCCCUCUGCUGAAUGAAGACGCCAAGGUCAAAGACAAUGGCGCCAACUCCAACACCAAGAAUGCCAACAAUAACUGCGCGGGUAACAAAGCUGGGCCCGACGGGGAUCUAAGUGAAAGCUGGGCGGGCUUGGAUGACAAGGCUGCCGGUGAGGGUGCUGGCUCAGGAGCGGGUGAAGACCUUAUCCUCUUUGUCAUCUUUUGGCCCUAUUCCAUUGUCACCCGCUACCUCUAUCUUGAGAAAACUAUCAGCAACAUCAACCACGUUUUAGUUGGUCGCAUCAACAACCUUGAAGAACACAUUGCUCGCAUUGAGGAACCAGGGCUAGUCCAAACUAUUGCCCAUAUUAAACAUCACAAAUCAUUUGCCGAGCGCCUCAAUACCAUCUACGAGGCAGAUCUUCAAGAACAAAGGAACCUUAUUGCCAACCUCGAAAACAAUAACCGUAGCCUUGCUCUCACUAAUGAAGAGCAAGAACGUCUUAUUGAGGAAAAGGACCGCCUUUUAGUUGAAAAAGAACUCGAGUUAGACAAUUUCCACUGCUCAAUUCAGGAUAUCACCCAAGACGGAAAAGGGCGAAUCCAUUACUACAAGGAAUAUGAGUUUUUCGCAGUCUCACAUGACAAUGCCUGGUUUGGGCAAGAUGGGAGAGACUAA